AUGGUCCGAAGAUCCUCAGUGAUCCUCGCGGCGACCCUUGCUGUGUUUUCGAUCUUUGAACCGACUCUUUGUGUCGCCGGUGGAGCACCCGGUGGGUCAAAUGGUGAAGUGGACAGGCCGCGUUUCCUGAAGAAAAACGUUCGACGCUACUAUAACGAAACAACAAGCAGCUUGCCCGGCGGUUUCCCUGGUGGUUUCGCUGGAGGUAAUGGGUAUCCUAAUGGGAAUCCUUUCGGGGGCGGAGAAGGAGAUCGAUCACCGUCACCGAGCCCAAGUCCAACUAUAACGACUCCCAGCUCGACUCAGACUGAGCCUGCCAAAACCACAACGCACACCUCGAGCACCCAGACGACUGGCACUUCAACUUCACCAACCACACCUUCUACAUUAACCAGUCGGUCUUCGGCGAACAUAGAUACUCUAGUACAGGGUGCCGUAGUUGAUCAGACUUCGCCCUCUUCUACUGGUGCUUCUAGUCCAUCUUCAACAGAAUCCAGUACAAAGGCACCCACGACGACAAGCUCGCCAGGGGCAAACCAAAGCACUGGGGGCAAAGCACUGCCGUCUGUUACACCCUCAGUAAACGUCCCAGUAGAAAACAACGUUCAACAAGGCAACACCUCUCCCUCGUCGACUAGCUCGCCUCCACCUAGCAGUAGUGCUUCUGGUGGUACCUCGGAUACUACCAGCAAAGGAGGUAAUAGCAACACCGGGCAGAAUGCGCAAGCUCCAUCAGCGACGAGUACUACAGGCGGUAACGUAGUCAAUGAAGUUGUCGGAGGACUUGGCAAAGGCUCUUCAAAUGUAGGAGGCCAGAACACCGCCACGAAUCCCUUCAACGACCAGAACACCGGCACAAAUACGGACACUAAUGUUUCCGGGCAACAGACUAAUCCUGUGCAGAAUCCAAUCCUAGCAAAUGUCGUCAGUAACCAACCUGCCAGCACCAAAGCAUCAACAAGCUCUAACCGCUUUGGCGGUGGCAAUAAUAAUUUGCUCAACGGAGGUAGUGUAUCGAACACAGGUGCAUCUGGUUCUCAGCCUACUUCAAACCCGGAGGACGGAGUCAUUCCAGGCGGCACAGCGGCCAACAAGAUUCCUGCUUCCGUCACAUCUGGAGGAGUGCUGGUGGCAAACCCUCAGAUAACGCCCUCUGCUCCUAUCGUUGACCAAAGUAGCCCGGAUUCUACCAAUGGUGGAAACAGUAACAAUAAUAAUGAGAAUGGCAAGAGUAGCAAUGGCAACAUCGCUAAUGUCGUCAAUACUCUCGACAACGUUAAUAACAAUGUCAACAACUUUCCUGCGUCCGUCACUUCCAAUGCAAUACUGGUGGCAAACCCACAAAUAACGCCUGGUGUCUCUGUCCCAACCAAAGUGCAAUCAGGUUCUAACAAUGACGAUAACGGCAUCAUCAACGACGUCGUCAACACCCUCGAUACUGCCAACAAGAACGUCAAUACAAUCCCUGCUUCUGUUACUUCUGGUGGGGUGCUUGUUCCAAAUCCACAGGCGACAGGUGAAACCAAUGAAAAUAGUCCGCCCAAUUUAAGCAAGGGGACUACUGGUGAUAUUGAUGACGUGAAGAGCGUAGGCAACAAUGUCUUCGAAGGAGCCAACAACGCUGAAACCGGUCUGACGGCGUCACCUACAACAAUAGGGAAUAAUGUGCAAGAUAAUGUGUUGAACAGUGGCAAUGGAGCUACAAAUGACACAACAAACCCGAGUGAUAUUAACAAUAAUCGUCCUGCUAACAUCCCAGCUUCAAUCACGUCAAAUGGGCAACUAGUGUCCAAUCCCUUGGCGACAAUUCAAAGUGCGGCCAAUUUGGUCAACGUGCCGGCUUCCAUCACAUCUGGCGGAGUCCUCGUCUCCAACCCGGAAGAGUCUCAGGCCGCUCAAGUUCUCAGUGGACUAUCCUUGCCCGUAGAAGCUGCACAGCCAUUACCGUCAGUCACUUCGAAUGGUGUACUGAUCCCAAACCCAAGUGGUGUUGUUGCCUCGGAGGUCGAAAAGCCCGCGACAAAUGAUACUCAAGGUACUGAAGGACUAUCCGCCGGUGUCAUUCCUAACGUCCCGGCUUCGAUAACAUCAGGCGGCGUGCUGGUUGCGAACCCUGCCCAAACAAAUUCCGCCCAAAUCAUAGCCUUACCUCAAUCAGUUACCCUCUCGAAUGGUGUCGUGAUCCCAAAUCCUGCUCUAACAGCCUCAGGCUUCGCAGAAGGUGAGAAAGCAACUUUGAGUCAGGAGAGUGCGAAUAACACCAACGGGGUCGUAUUACCUCUACCACAGCAGUCAGGGUCUCCUGUGGGAGCUUCUACGACGCUGCCGAAUGGUGAUGUUGUUCCGGUCUCGAAUCCCCCUACAUCGCCAUCGUCCCCAUCAAAUGCUGGCGAGUUUUACCAAAAGCAAAAGGGAGAACCUUCGGGUUCAGCAGCAGCACAAGCGUCAACGACCUUACCAAAUGGCUCAGUUAUCCCGGUACCCGCUUCAACGACAUUGCCUAAUGGCUCGGUCGUGCCAGUCGUCUCUGGUGCUCAGAGUACAGGAGUUGGGGCUUCACCAUCUGCACAAGCCGGCAAACAGGAAAAUAACACGCUCCCGUCUGUGACAGCUGCAUCCGGAGUCUCAGCUCCAGAAGGAGCUGUCAACACUGGCUCACAAGCUACUGCCACAGGUACCUUAGAGGGGCAAUCACCGGAGUCAAAACCGGCUCUUACCGCUGGGCCUGUUGCUACUACAUCGCAGGCCUAUCCGUCGGAUGGAAAGGGGCCCUUCACCCAGCAACCCAUCAGCUAUGAUCAGAACACCGUUCAGCCUGUUGAGUCUAGCAUCACAUACGAGCCGUCGUCCGCCCCAGCCACCACCGGUACCGAAACGGUCUCCACAGGCAUACCGUCCAACGUGCCACAAACGAUAUACCCCCCAACCGGCCCGGUCGCGCGCCCGCCGAACUGCGAUUUGAUACAAAUUGCAUUUCUCUAUCCUUUGAACUAUGAUUUUGUCUGGAUUCACUCCGAGUCACAAAAACAGAUCUUUACAUUCCUGCCAAAGGCUAUUGGUCAUUGCUUGAGUAUCGAGCUCGUAAACAUCACGAUGCAAACACUGAAAGCGUGGGACACGACGCAAGAUUUACACUACAUAACGACAGUUGCUCUUGCCUGGAUUCCAUCGCAUCUUGUCGAUACCCUCGGCCUGGCGCUCCAUACUCCGGCCGGGACCUUUUACAACCAUCCCGAUCCCAGUGUCAAGACGCUUGUCAGUAUGGUAAACAACGCGGUCCCAAUUAGGGCCACAAAUGAAACCGAUUCUGGCUCCAAAACCGGUUCCGAGCCUGAAGCCACAACUACUGGGGCUGCGCCAAUUGGAGGCAACAUUGGCAGUUCAUCGCCAGUGCAGUCUAAAAGUGUUGCUAUCGGUGUCGGCGUCGCUUGUGGUGCUGCUGCGUAUGGUGCUGCCAUGUUCUUCGUCGCACGUCGGUACAAGAAGAGAAGGCAAUCCCAUAUGAGAAGUCCAAGCAUGUUUGCAUCGCCAGUCAUGUCACAUGUCGGCGCCGACCCAGCUGCCGGCCAAGCGCUGAUGUCUGGAGCAAUGAACGGAGAGCGGAGUGUCAGCCCGUUCUAUGACAGGGCUGAAUCCAGAGGCUCAGGAAGAAGCGCUGGUAGCUCCGGAAGACAACAGAUUUCAGCGCCAGUUAUGGCAGAGAAUUCGCUGGGAUGGAAUUGA